AUGCUUUCUACUGGUAUCAGGUGUAAUAUUCUUAAGCGUCUGCCGAACAGUGCACUUUGGCUUCUCAGAUUCCCAACUGCUGGUGAAAUGAGACUUCGAGCAUAUGCUGUAGCUCAAGGAGUGCAACCAGAGCAAAUAAUUUUUACAGAUGUUGCCAUGAAAAAUGAGCACAUCAAACGUAGUGCUUUGGCAUAUUUGUUCCUGGACACGCCUCUGUGCAAUGCACAUACCACAGGAACUGACAUCUUAUGGGCUGGCUUACCGAUGAUUACCCUGCCUCUAGAGAAAAUGGCUACUAGGGUUGUCGGGUCUCUCUGUCUUGCAACUGGACUGGGAGACGAAAUGAUUGUUAGCAGUGUUGUUGAAGUGUGUCGUUGA